AUGGAGCUGAAGCAGCACGAUCUCGGUGUAGCCCUGAACCGCGUCGUGCGAAGCGCCGCAAUGGCAGGCGUGAGCCGCGGCGGCUUGUGGAGCCAGCCGCUGGUGCUGCUGAGCUUGCUCUGGCGCGACCGCGUGGAGGUGGACAUCAAGAGCUAUAGCUCUGUGUUCAUUGGCAUCACCGCCGCUGCUCGAUGGGCUGAUGGCCUGCACCUUCUGGAGGAGCUGCGCUGGCGAGCCCGGCCGGAGGACAUUGUGGUGGUCAACAGCGGCUUGAGCUGCUUCGAGAAAGCGGGCGAAUGGCAAGGGGCCUUGCGGCUGCUUCGCCACACGGCCCCGGCCUGGAGGCUAGAGCCCGACCUGGUAAGCUUCAACGCCGCCUGCUCCGCCUGCGAGAAGGGCGAUCGCUGGCUCCUGGCGCUGUUGCUGCUCACAGAGGCCAAGCAGGCGAAGCUUCAGCCCGACGUCGUGAGCGUUGCUGCCUGCAUCAGCGCUGCAGAGAAAUGCUCCCAGUGGGGCCCGGCGCUGGCGCUGCUUCAGAGCAUGGGCUCGAACGCUCUGGAGACCAGCGUGGUGGGGCACAACGCGGCCGCGAGCGCCUGCGAGAAGGGCUACGAGUGGGCGCGCGCCCUCGGAGUGCUCUCGGCGCUGCGGAGCUCGAGGGAGGAGCCUGGAGUGGUAUCCUAUGCCGCCGUCGCUUCUGCCUGCGAGAAGAGGCGGCGCUGGGAGGUGGCGUUUCAGCUCGCAACGGACCUGGAGGCCGCUGGCGGUGCUCAAAACGUUGUGCUACGAGGAAGCCUCGUGAGUGCCUGCGAGAAGGAUCGUCGCUGGGAGAAGGGCAUGUUGCUAUUGCAGGCCUUCCGCCCCUGGCGUGUGAGCCAGCAGGAUAUCGGCUUUGCCUCCGCAACCUCUGCCUGCGAGAAAGCCAAGUGCUGGCGGCAGGCGAUGGGUCUGGUGCGCUACAUGCACCAGUGCGGCCUGCAGCCAUACAUCUUCAGCGCCAACGCAGGGCUCAGCGCGCUGGAGAAGGCGGCGUGCUGGGCUCGCGGGCUGGCGCUCUUCGAAGACUUCGCGUGCUGGUCUCUAGAUGCGACGGAGACAACAUUCUCAGCGUUGAUGAGUGCCUGUGAGAAGGCUCGAAGGCUGGAAACCGCCCUCGGCCUACUCGCGCUUUCGCGGCCGCGAGGGCGACUGCCACGCCCCAGUGUGAUCCACUACAACUCCGCCCUGGCGCUUUGUGCCGGGACGGGCGACUGGGAGCUGGCUCUGGCGCUCUUGGCACGCCUGGAGGAAUCAAGCCUGUCGCCCACCACCGUGAGCCUGGAGCCCGUCGCUGCAGUUUUGGAGUCUCACCAGCAGCCAUGCUUCCUCCCCAGGCUCCUCGAGGAGACCGGCAACCGGGGCACCAAAGCCGUGCUUCAGAGAAUUGCAGAGGUCGAGAAGGCACCAGGCAAUCCCCACUACCGGGGCACCGAGCUCUGCAGCUUCUUCUUGAAAGGGAUGUGCCGCCAUGGUACGAAGUGCAACUUCGCUCACAGCAUCAACGAUCUCAAGGAGAAGCCCGACUUCUCGAAGACCCGUUUGUGCACCAACUACUUCAAGACCAAGUCGUGUCCCUAUGGCAUGAGCUGCAGUUUCGCCCACAGCAAAGACGAGAUGCGCUCGGCGGCGCGUUCGCGUGCUGCCCGCGACAAGGUGAACAUCGACCUUUCGGAGGAGCCCGGAAUCAAGACGCCAGAGACUCGUGAGGAGUUGACGACGCCCAUUCGUCGAUGCUUAGGGGGGCUUUGCCUCGCUUGUCAGGAGCCGAUUUUCAUCUCGAGUGGCGAGGACCUUUUGCGCCGUCCCGACGUUGACUUGGCGCAAGACCUGGCGUCGGUCCCGUGGCUCCGCUACGGGAGUGGUUCCUCCGCGACUCCACCGACCUCCUCGACUCCGCCCGCCUCGAUGACACCACAGGCGCUCUUGCUGCCCUUUUUUACUUUGUGUGUGUGUAUGUGUGUGUGUGUGUGUGUGUGUGUGUGUGUGUCUUGUUCUUUUCUUUGGGGUGGUUCUUUGGGGUUUGGCGGUUGGAGUUUCGGGGUGUAG